AUGACACUUCUGAGGCCCGACGACUCAGGACAAAAGACAUGGCUCCGAUGCGGCGAUCCUGCCUACAGUGGACAAAAGAUCAUGGUGAUAGGUACCGAGUCCGACGAUCCAGACGCGACCAGGACCGUCGACCCUUCGGACACUGCAACAGCCACGUCACCUCCGUCUGGCUCAUCCUCGAACUCGACAGGUGCCAUCGUCGGAGGCGUCGUCGGUGGGGUGGCCGUGGUAGCCAUAGCUGUCUGCGUCAUUGUCUGGUUGGUAUUGCGGCGGAGGAAACGCUCGAGGGAGGACGGGUCGCAGGUGCCCUUGACGCCGGGUUCCCAAUCGCAACAUGUUCAGCCAUAUUACUCUCAAGCUGGAUAUGGGGAGCAUGAUGACCCUUACAAGGCGCAACGUGGGCCGACGCCCUCGCCCACACCUCUUGUUGAAGUCCAGGGAAGCAACGUGAUUGAUAACCGAAGACCGGUAGAGCUUGGGACUUGA